AUGUUGGCUUACUAUAUCUUAUGCGUGGCUUUUAUUCUUUAUCGCCUCUCCAAGGCAAUCUACAACCUUUAUUUCCACCCAUUAGCCAAGUUUCCCGGUCCCAAGCUCGCAGCUGUAUCGCAUGUCUAUGAAUUUUACUGGUCAAUUGUUCGAGAUGGAGAAUUCAUCUGGGAAAUCGAGAGAAUGCACAAGAAAUACGGCCCAAUCGUCCGUAUAACGCCCCGUGAACUUCAUAUUGCCGAUCCCACAUUCUACAACGAGAUAUAUGCCGGAAACCCUCACAGGAUAGAAGGCGACUACCGAUUUACUAGAUCCACGGGCGUGACGAAGUCUAUGUUUGCUGCAGUUGAUCAUGACCUUCACCAGGCGCGCAGGAGCAACUUGACCAAGUUUUUCUCCAAGAGAUCGAUUUCGGAUAUCCAGCCAAUUAUCCAGGAUAAAGUCGAGCGUUUCAUUAAGAGAUUGGAGGAUUCAUCUAAAGAUGGAUCCCCAGCCAAUCUGUCAACAUUGUCAGCUGCCUUCACAGCGGACACAAUAUCGCACUACUCAUAUGGUGUUUCGUUGGGUUGUUUGGAUGGAGAGUCCGAAAACAUCCUAACAGAUGCUACUCAAGCGGUAUUGGCUCUAAGCCACUGGCUUAGAUUUAUGCCGAUCAGAUUCACCAAUGCAAAGAAAAUACACCCCAGAUUGAUUGAGAACUUCUUCCCGAAGGCUGCGGUGGUUCUGAACACGCACAGAACAAUUAGUCGGUUGGCAUUAGACGUGCUCAACGCAAAGGAGCCAAAAGCGCCCCACGAAAACAUGUUUGCUGCGCUUGCUGAUCCAAAACUGCCUGCUGAAGAACGAACACUUGGACACUUGGAAGACGAAGGAUUCGUUGUUCUUGCUGCAGGGACCGAGACUACGGCCUAUAGUCUCAGCGUCACAUUAUUCUAUCUAUUGGACAACCCUACUAUCUUCUCCAAGCUAUACGAUGAGAUCAAGGCAGUAAUGCCUGAUCCUUCAGAAUGCCCACCGUUGUCGGUAUUGGAAAACCUGCCACUAUUGAGAGCUGUUAUCAAUGAGGGUCUUCGACUAUCCAUGGGCACCUUGACCCGACACCCCCGCAUAUCACCGGAUCGCGUCUUACAAUACAAGGAUUGGACUAUCCCUGCUGGUACUCCUUGCAGCACUGUCACUUAUUUUGUCCAUACCGACCCGGAGAAGUUCCCGAAUCCUUGGACCUUCGAUCCUUACCGUUGGAUCCGAGCCGCUGAGCAGGGGCAACAUCUUGAAAGUAACCUAGCACUUUUCUUGAAGGGAACUAGGUCAUGCCUCGGAAUUAACUUGGCUAAUGCCGAGAUGUUUAUGUUGGUUGCUAACCUAGUACGACGAGUCGAUAUGAAGUUGUACGAAAGUACCACUAUAGACUGUGUCUUACCUGGAAAGGACCACUCAGUUGUGAUCCCAAAAGAUACCUCCGGGGUUAGGGCUACUAUCUUCGGACUUAAAACUUCAUAA